GUGUGUUACCGCUCCUCGCGCAGAUGAAACAGGAGCGAGACUCGGGGAUAAACAGAGAGCAUGUUCCUCAAUAAGUGCUCGCGGACGCCAGGAGAUGCGGAGAGCCUUCGGCGAGGGUCAGCGGCGGACACCCCAGAGAACUCUGUGGAUCCUGAACAGCAUCACUGGUUGCCGCGGCGACGGUGUCAAAAUGAAAGGGUCCAGCAUCCAGAGCUGGGCGCAGUGGAGACCCCCUCCCCGGAAGCUUCUGCACACCACUACUGCCACUACACCCCCAAGUGCUUCCUCACCGUGCACAGAGGAGGACAAGGCACCACCCAAUCUACUCCGUCUCGGUAUGGAGAAGAGGCUUGGCAUGAAGACACCAUAAGGACCACCACCAUCAGAGCUGAGAAUGAGGUGGAGGCUCACAGGGAGGCCAACAACUACAAGUUUGGCUUCAGGAAGUGGAAGGCUCACGUGACAGAGAAGCCCAUUGAAGACCGAUCGGACAUCAUCAAAGAGCUCUACUCUGACCUCAGUGUUGUUAAGCCUCAAGAAGGCUCGGUGAUCACCUUUGGGAACAUCAUUUAUGUCAUUUUAUUCGGAUGGUGGAUAUCAUUAAUCUACUUCCUCAUUUGCCCUGUAAUGUUCCUAACCAUCAUCGGUGCAGCUUAUGGCAAACUUUGUUUUAGGUUGGCGUUGUACUUUAUUUGGCCAUUUGGGAAGUCCAUAGAAAAGGCUGGAGAGGUAGUUGGGAGAUCCAUUGCGAAGCCUCCGAAGUGUGAGGUGAUCCCAGAGGAGAGCGACAGUUCGGCGAACAAGGACUCUGCUCCUCUCCUGAUGUCCUCCCCGUUCCCUGUGGAGAUCCCAGAGCCAGCAGCUGGGAAAACAUCCAAUCACUGGUGUCGCGUCAGCACUUAUGUUUGGCUGUUGCUAGGUUACCCUGUCCUGGUGGUGGUUCACUCGCUGGCCUGUGUGCUCUCCUGGCUGCUGGUCUUCACCAUACCUGUAGCCAAGAUGAACGCCCGCACAAUGACCAUCGUCCUCCUCAUGGCUCCAGAGGACGUUCAGGUUCACAAACUGGAAAAGACCGCUGUGUGUGAGACCAAAGUCAUCUUAUGCUGUUAUCGAGCCUUUAAUGUGUAUUACUACAAAUACAGCAUACAAGGAAUCAACAUUAUCCCCCUCAACCUGCUCCCCCUGGUGUUCAUCACGAUCAUUAUUGGAUACACUGACCGUAAACACACAUUCUGCAGCGCAGAGACCAAGUUUAUCACCGCCAUCAUCUCCAUCAUCCCUCUCUCCUACUAUAUUGGCAUGGGAAUAGCCAGCAUUUCUGCUCAGAGUAACUUUGCAGUGGGGGCGGUGGUGAAUGCCACGUUCGGCUCCAUCACAGAGAUGACUUUCUACAUCACAGCACUGCUGCAGGGACACAAUGCUAAAACCAAAUGUUAUGAGGAGAUCGUCAAAGCAGCGCUCACUGGGACCCUGCUCGGGUGUAUACUGUUCGUACCGGGUAUCUGUAUGAUCAUCGGGGGCAUCAAACACAGAGAGCAGAGAUUUAACAGUCGUUCAGCCGGAGUGAGCUCUGCUCUGCUCUUCAUCUCCGUAGGAGGUGUUUUUGCUCCCACCCUCUUCUCAAAGACGUUUGGGGAUCUGGUGUGUGAGAGCUGCACCAAUGUUCCAGGCAACAGCAGCGUCCCGUUCAUCUGCAGGGACUGUCACUACGACACGAGUACAGCGGACCCACAUUUGAUCCUGUCCCAUAUUGAGCCCCUGGUGUACACCAUCUCCGUGCUGCUGCCUGCUGCCUACCUGAUCGGCCUCAUCUUCACCCUGAAGACCCACUCCCACAUCUAUGAUAUCCACAUCAGCGACUUGCACGGGGGCCAGGACGCACAAGAAGGCACUAGCACCACUGGUGAUGUCACCUCAGGCCAUCUACUUGUAGCCAACACGUAUAUUAAUGGCAGCAUUGUUUCCAACAGUCACAUUGCCACAGGGCAUCAUGUAGUGCACUGGUCCCGGACCAGGGCCCUUGGAGUGCUGAUUGUUGCCACGGUACUAAUGGCCUGCUGCGCUGACCUCAGCACGGAGAAUAUCCAGCCCAUACUGGCCCAUUCCUCCAUCUCGCUGUACUUCAUCAGUGUCACAGUGUUGGCCAUGGUGCCGGAGCUUCCUGAGAUUGUCAAUGGGAUCCUGUUUGCACUGCAGAACAACAUCAGCCUGAGCCUUGAAGUGGGCAGUUGCAUUGCUGUGCAGGUGUGCAUGAUUCAGAUUCCACUGCUCAUUCUCUUCAAUGCCUUCUACGAUGUGGGAUUUGUGCUGGUGUUCAGUGAUAUUCACCUCUGGGCCAGCAUCUUCAGUGUCAUUCUGGUCAAUUACAUCUUCAUGGAUGGAAAGUGUGACUACUUUCAGGGCACUGCUCUGGUGGUGGUCUACCUCAUCCUUCUGGCUCUUUACUUCUUUGCUCCUUCUCCACGCUCUUGUUGAUCAAAGUCUCCAACAUUCCCAGUGGAUUCAGCGCCUCAAAAGAUGGACAAAUAUUUUGAUUGAGAUUUGAAAUUGCACAGUAAAGCUGUAAGUGAAUAGCUGUGAGCUAUUUGUCAAUAUAUGAUAUUGAAAUGGUGUUUUGUAGUCAUAUUUCCCGUCCUGGCAAUGUUAAAGAAAUCUGUGAAUCUUUUGCAAAUGUGAAUUUGUAGUAAUUAUUUUUGCCUCUGGUAUGUAAUAUGCUGUUUAUAAAGAAUAUAAUAAACGCAACAAUUUAUAAAACAUGAAA